CGUUGAAGAUCGUUGAAAGAUGAUCAUAUUUUGGAUGAAUCUUUUGGUGUUUAGAAUCAUCCUAUAAAUGCAGUACAUUAAAUUGAAUCAAAUUUUCUAAGUGUUUAAAAAGGAAAAAAAAACAGGAAAUCUUUGUGACAGAAGAAAAAAAAAGAAAAAGAAGAAGAAAAAGAAGAAGAAUAUGAUAACUACAGAAGAAAUGUUUUCGUUGAUAAAUUUGCCAUGAUGCAAAUAGUUGGAAUCAAAAUUGAUAAGAAUAUAGCUCGGUGUUGACGAUGGCCUUCGCGCUCUUUCACGAUCAUAAACUUCGGUCAGUGAUAUUCAUUCGACUUUAUCCGAAGGAUCAUAACUUCUAAAGAAGACAUUUGGAAAAGAACGUAACGUCGUUAACAUUUUAUAGUGUAUAUAUGAAUUAGUUUUUUUAUCUAUUUUUAUUUUAUACAUAUUGAUCCAACAUUGAUUUACUUUCCCCAUUGAGUCAAAAUUUAUUUUAGUUUCGAAGUGAAAAACAAACUUAAUAUAUUUGACCUAUAUCGUAUGAUAUAUAAUACGUAUUUUAUAUCUAUAUCAUAUAUUGAUGGUAUAUAUAUGUAUAUAUAUAUACAUGUAUGUGAUACAUAUAUCAUAAUAACACUUUAAUCGCGAAAUAGAAACGAUAAUUAACUGAAAAGAUAUUAAAAAAUAAGUGUAAAGGAAAAAAAAAUUGUAACCUCGAAGGAAGAAAAUUCGUAAAGGAUUCUUCUUUUUUUCUUUUUUUGUUCUUUUUUCUUCAUGGCCAUCAUGAUCACCGAUAGAAUCGUACACAUAUCAACGUGGGAAAUAAUCAAAUUACACUUUUUAUCCUUCGUAUAUGGUCUCUAUAUGAUAGUAAAAAGACUCUUGAAAUGGGCCUGGAAUCCAAAAAAGUUUUUCGUACUGGAACAAAGGGACAAACCACCGCCAUGCCUCGUCGAUAACAAUCUUGGUACUCAUUCUUACGUGAAGAUCAAGGGUGUAAAAUUCCAUUAUGUAGAAGCAGGAGAUGUAGGAAAACCUCUUCUCUUAUUGUUGCAUGGUUUUCCUGAUUGCUGGUUAUCUUGGAGAGAACAAAUACCAGCUUUAGCAAAAUAUUAUAGGGUUGUGGCUAUUGAUUUGAAAGGUUUUGGUGAUAGCGAUAAACCAUCUAAGAAACGUUACUAUAAAAUUGAAAUUAUAAUAGAUGAAUUAAAACAAUUUAUUUCAACUUUUGAUGUAAGAACAUGCAGUAUAAUAGGUCAUGAUUUAGGUGGUCUUCUGGGAUGGUACAUGAUUGCCUUACAUGGAGAUAUAAUAUGUAAAUUUAUAGCUAUUUCAAGUCCACAUCCUAAUUUAUAUUGGAAUAAAAUAUCUAAAAAUGCUGUGUUCGAUGAAAAAUGGGUGCAUUUUAGCAGAUUACCAAUUUUACCAGAAAUAGAUGCAUUGAAAGAAGAUCUAUCAAUUAUUAAUGAUACAUUCAAACAUCUUGAAGUAAAUAAUACAAACAAUAAAAAAAAUUAUGUAGAAGCAUAUAAAUAUAGUUUUAGCAGAAAAGAAGACUGGACUGGAGCAAUAAAUUAUUACCGCAAUCUUCCUUUUACAAGAUUAAAUAUGGAUGUAAACGAGCAACUUUUUACAAGAACAUUACUGAUAGUUGGUAAUGAAGACCCAUCUGUAACGAUUGAAAGUAUAGUUCAAAGUUCAGAAUAUGUGGAAAAAUUUAAUGUAAAAGUAAUUACUGGAGCACAUCAUUUCCCACAUCAAGAAAAUCCAGAUGCUGUAAACGAGGCAAUUAUUAAAUUCUUGAUAGGUACUUUAAAUAAUUUAGAAAAAAGUUCAUCUAAAAGUAUAAUGUCGUCUUGGCUAGAUUCAUUAAGUAGUACUGUUAAAUAUGGAAAUCAAAUUGUUGGUGCUGUACACAAAAAAACAAAUGGAGUAGUCAACGUAUUACCCAAUAAAAUACUUUACUUAGGUAAUUCUACAAAUUAAAUAAGUAAUGUUGUAC